GAUCUCAUCUCUGUCUUCCCCCAAAAUUUUCAAAUCAGAGUCUCCCUCACUCGUAGCCUAGGGUUUUGCUGAUCUACAGCUUCUGCUUUCCUCGAGCAGAGUUGAAGAACAUUUCGCGGAGAAAUCCUAGUUCUCGUCUUCUUCUUUUGGGUUUCCCAUCCGAUAUCAGGGGAUAAUGGCGAUGGAGAUCACUCAAUUCCUGUUGGCUGCUCAGUCCGCUGAUGCAAGAGUCCGUACUGAUGCAGAGGGUAGUCUCAGGCAGUUCCAAGAGCAGAACUUGCCGCAGUUUCUUGUAUCCCUAUCGUUUGAGCUUGCCAACAGUGAAAAACCUGCUGAAUCUCGUCGAUUGGCUGGUAUUUUGCUAAAAAAUUCUCUGGAUGCCAAGGAUGCUGCAAUGAAAGAUCAUCUUGUGAAACAAUGGAUCACAAUAGACACUGCCAUUAAAUCCCAGAUCAAAGAUCUGUUAUUAAGAACUAUUGGCUCAUCUGCCCCAGAGGCCAGGCAUACUUCAGCACAGGUUAUCGCAAAAGUAGCUUCCAUUGAGAUUCCUCUCAAGCAGUGGCCUGAACUUAUUGGGUCACUGCUUAACAAUAUGACCCAGCAAGGUAGCCCUGCACCGUUGAAACAGUCUACCCUUGAGACUUUAGGGUACGUCUGUGAGGAAAUAUCACAUCAGGAUCUUGUGCAAGAUGAAGUGAAUUCUGUCCUUACUGCAGUUGUCCAGGGCAUGAACCAGUCUGAAAACAACGCAGAAGUUCGCCUCGCAGCAACGAGGGCGCUGUAUAAUGCCCUUGAGUUUGCGCAGACAAACUUUGAGAAUGAAAUGGAGAGGAAUUACAUCAUGAAGGUGGUCUGUGAGACAGCCUUGGCUAAGGAAGCAGAGAUCAGGCAGGCUGCUUUUGAGUGUCUUGUCUCGAUAGCAUCUACAUACUACGAGGUGCUGGAGCCAUACAUGGAAACGCUCUUUCAGCUUACAUCAAAUGCUGUAAAGGGGGAUGAAGAAAAUGUUGCUCUGCAAGCAAUUGAAUUUUGGAGCUCCAUCUGCGAUGAAGAGAUAGAGCUUCAGGAGUUUGACAAUCCUGAUAGUGGCGACUCUUCCCCUCCCCAUUCCAGUUUUAUUGAGAAGGCUCUUCCUCAUUUGGUUCCCAUGUUGCUAGAGACGUUGCUGAAGCAGGAAGAGGAUCAGGACCAAGGUGAUGAUGCAUGGAACAUAGCAAUGGCUGGUGGGACAUGUCUAGGUCUGGUUGCCAGAACAGUAGGAGAUGCUAUAGUCCCUCUUGUAAUGCCUUUUGUUGAAGAAAACAUAAGGAAGCCAAAUUGGCGAAGUCGAGAGGCUGCCACAUAUGCUUUUGGAUCAGUUAUUGAGGGUCCAACGGUAGAUAAGCUUGCACCUAUGGUAUCUGCAGGGCUGGAGUUUCUCCUCAGUGCCACAAAGGAUGAGAACAAUCAUGUCCGGGACACAACUGCUUGGACUUUGAGCCGUAUCUUUGAGUUCUUGCAUAGCCCGGCCAGCGGUUUCUCUGUCAUCUCACCUGAAAACCUGCCCAAAGUCAUGGCUGUGUUAGUGGAAGCAAUCAACGAUGUGCCGAAUGUUGCAGAGAAAGUCUGUGGUGCUGUAUACAACCUUGCUCAGGGCUAUGAAGAUGCCGGAGCAAGUUCCUCUCUUCUUUCUCCGUAUCUGACAGAGAUAAUCAAACAUCUGCUUGCAGCUGCCGAGCGUACAGAUGGAGCUGACUCUAAGCUAAGAUCUGCUGCAUACGAGACCUUGAACGAGGUUGUCAGAUGUUCAAACCUUGUCGAAUCCUCAAACAUUAUUGCACAGCUACUGCCUGUCAUCAUGACCAAAUUAGGCCAGACUAUGGAGCUUCAGGUAGUAUCAACGGAAGAUUGCGAGAAACAAGCAGAUAUUCAGGCUUCUCUCUGUGGUGUUCUCCAGGUGAUAAUCCAGAAGCUCAGCAGCACAGACGAGACAAAACCUGUCAUAAUGCAGAACGCAGAUCAGAUCAUGGUGCUGUUCCUCAGAGUGUUUGGAUGCCACCGUUCGAGCGUCCAUGAAGAAGCUAUGCUUGCUAUCGGUGCUCUUGCAUAUGCAACAGGGCCCGAGUUUGCAAAGUACAUGUCCGAGCUGUUCAAGUAUCUGCAGAUGGGUCUGCAGAAUUUCGAAGAAUACCAAGUAUGUGCGAUCACCGUAGGAGUUGUGGGUGACAUAUGUCGUGCUCUGGAUGACAAGAUCCUACCUUUCUGCGAUCAGAUCAUGGCCCUUUUGAUCCAGAAUCUUCAGAGCGAGGCCCUCCACAGAUCAGUGAAACCUCCAAUAUUCUCGUGCUUUGGAGACAUUGCUCUAGCAAUUGGUGCACAUUUUGAGAGGUAUGUUGCUCCUGCUCUACAGAUAAUGCAAGGGGCAGCUCAGGUAUGUGCACAGAUGGAUACGAGCGAUGAGGAGCUUAUGGAUUAUGCGAAUCAGCUAAGGAGAAGCAUAUUCGAGGCUUACUCCGGGAUACUUCAAGGGUUCAAGGAUGAGAAGGCCGAGCUCAUGUUGCCUUACGCCCAGCAUCUGUUGCAGUUCAUAGAACUCGUCUCCAGAGACGCCCAGAGAGACGAGAGCGUGACGAAAGCAGCAGUGGCGGCAAUGGGGGAUCUGGCGGAUGCUCUGGGCCACAACACCAAACCGCGGAGUUCCUGAGUGAGUGCCUUCAGUCCGAUGACGAACAGCUCAAGGAAACGGCUGGUUGGACUCAGGGUAUGAUCGGACGCGUCAUGGUCUCCUGAUUGAUGGAUCAACCACACGCAGUUGGUGAUGUUAUUUUUCCGGCUCGAGUAAUUUUUUUUUUAUAAAAAAAGGGUAUCUUUUAUUACAUUUGAUCAUCUGUCCGUCUUGAUUGUGGAUAGCCGGUUCGAUGUUACGAGUAAAAAAAAUGUUCUUAAAUUUUGGGGUACUGUUUUUUUUUUUUUUUUUUUUUUUUUUUUUGUUUUUUUUUUUUUUUUUUUUUUUUUUUUUUUUUUUUUUGAGAUUUGCAUUUAGUUGAAGCCGCUUUGGGAUAUAACUUGAUGUGGGGGCUUUGCUGCGUUUGUAGAAGGAAAAAAACACUCGUUUCUUCUUCUGUUUAAUGCAUCCAUUGUUCGGAUU